AUGCCUCCGCCGAGCAACUGCAGUGCACUUCCGUACUCUUCAUCAACGAGGUUGAACUGCAUCAUGUGCAUGGCGGCGGCAGUGUGUGCGGUGUUGGCUGGUAUUCUCCUCCUCGUCCAAUAUUUUGGCUUUUUUUAUUCGAGUGCGCUUCGCAGUGUAUUUAAUGACGUGUUUGUCGUGGUCGUCGUGGUGCAGGUGCUGCAGGCGGUGCAGCUUUUCAUCUUUGCUCUCAUGACAGUCUUGCGGGGGGAACGCGUCGUAGACGCGGGUGGCUGUUCACCCUCUGGCAUGACAUAUGCAAUGUGCAACGUCAAUGCCUCAAUUCAUCAGUGCCUGGACGCGAUGGGGCAAGUGCUGCAGACGGUAUUUUUUGUUGUGCUGGCCAACAGUCGUCGCCUCUCCUCGCUGGAGCAAGUUGGCAACAGCGACGACGGACGAAUCUUUCGUACAUCUGAGGGCGGGUCCCAGGGAGCUGCCCACUUUUUAUGGGAACAUGGGCUUAGCAGCAGCGGAGUGAGCUCCACGUCGGGCAUAACGCAGCCCUCCCACGGUCGAAGUGAUGAUCGUCGCAAACGGCGAUGUAUGUGCUCCAGGCAGAGCGAAGCGGCGGGACGGGGAUUUCCCUUUUUCUUUUGUUCUUGCUACAGGCGUUUUUUCUCCUGUUGUGGAGGGCCCCCUCCCUCCACCAAUAGAACAACGAGAAAUAGUCGUAGCAGUGGUGGUAGUGAUGGCAGUCCCGCCCAUGAUACUGUCGCCGCUGCCGCUGCCGCUACCGCUACCGCGGCUGCUGCCGCCGCUACUUCUGCUUCUGAUUCUGUUGCUGCUGGCACAUCGGUUUCCGUCUCCGUGCUUCAGUGGCCGUUGGUGUCAAACAGUGACGAUGUUGAUGUAACGACGGCAGAGCAUCCUAUGCGCCACGCUCUGCUGCGUCUCACAUGGAAGUUUUAUCUGGUUGCCUUCUUGUACGCUUCCGUUUCUCUGCUCUUGUGUUGGAUAUUGCUGCUCUAUGUGCCAGACAUUGUGGUGGUGCCACGUCAUAAUGGUGCACAUCUGGAAACGCCUCGAACACUGGAUAAUACGCUUUUCUUUUCACAGAAGUUUGCAUGGUGCUGGAUCCCCGCCACUGCUGACCUCUCUCCUCAGGCGGGACUCUGGCAAAAAUCGGUCCUCGUGCUGCUGCAGGUGGCUGCAGCAUAUGCCUGGCCGGUGAUUUUUUUUUUAGUGCGGUGUAUGCGUACACCACGUUGCGGCGUUCUUCCCCUUCCUUGA